AUGGGUCGAGCUGGGUCUGGGGAAGGGGCGGCAGGCGCCUUGUCCGGCCGCGAAGGUGGCAGAGAACCCCUGAAGCGGCCCAAGAAGCAGGCCAAGGAGAUGGACCAGGAUGAGAAAGGAUUCAAGCAAAAGCAAAAAGAGGAGCAGAAGAAACUCGAGGAGUUAAAAGCGAAGGCCGUGGGGAAGGGCCCCCUGGCCACAGAUGGAAUUAAGAAAUCUGGCAAAAAGUGAGCUGUUCCUUGUGCCUGGUGCAAUGGUGAGCCUUAAUUCCAUUCCAGUUUUA